AUGGCGAGUUCACCGCCGUGCGUUGCUCGUGAUUCGUCUUCUCUAGAUCGGCGGAAAGCGGAAAUUUUGGGCGCACUCGGGUCCCCGCCUUUUGCUGUUUCCUCGAAUGCCGGUCCGUCUGCGUCUGACUCUUCUUGCGGGAGUUCUCCGGUCUCUGCUUCUCACUCGUCCUCUGCUGUGCCAACCGUGAGCCCGCCGGCAUCAGACGCGAUGUCUCUUCCUUCUUUCUCUUGUUCUUCUUCUCCUCCGCUGUCUGUGGCACCAGCCAAAGCGCCACACGCCGCGGGCGGUCUCAGCGAAAGCGCCGAGAUGGAGGGUCAUGCGAAGGCGACAACAGAGAGAGAAAACACGGCGCUUCUCAGCGGGACAGUUGAGGCGGGCACCGGCGGUGGCGCUGCGGAAGCGAAAGAUGCAGACGGCGCUGGCGCAGAUGGGAAGCGUCUGCCGAGAUCGCAGAAAAAAUGGCUGAAACGGGCAGAAUAUCGAGAGAAAAAGCGAGAAAAACGGCCGGAGGAGCGGCGAAGACGAAGAAAAGAGAGAAGAAAUCAGAUGCUUAAGGAAACGCAGCAUCUCACCGAAGAGGAGAGAACCGCGUUCGUCAAGAAGCGCAAAGAGGAGUCCCGCACAGAGAGGGCGGCUUUGUUGGUAAGAUCUCCUGGAGGCAUGCCGCGCGUCUGCUUCAACUGCAGCUUCGAGAGCCUGAUGAACGACAAGGAGGUUCGGAGCUUGGCCAAGCAGCUCUUCAUUUCGUAUCAUCUGGUCCGGGGCGCCCCGCAGGUGCCGAUGCAGCUGCACUUCGCCUCCUUCACGGACGACAACGCGGUGUUCAAAGCCUGCCGCGAUCUCUUCUCCUUCAGCUCCUGGGUCGUCCGGCGCCACGAGCGGCCCUACUGGGAAGUUUUCUCGCAGGAGGAGGUCAUCGUUCUCUCUCCCGACGCGGAAGAGGAACUCCUCUCAGUGGAAGACGACAAAGUCUACAUUAUCGGCGGGCUCGUGGAUCGGACAAUAAGCCGAAGCGAGACGUACCGACAGGCUGAGGCGCAUCGCUACGAGACGCGGAAGCUACCGUUCAACACGUUCCUUCCGGACCAGCAGCGCCUCGUGCUGAACAUCAACACCGUGGUGGAGAUCCUGCUGCACUUCCGACAGCACCAAGACUGGACUGCGGCACUCCUCGCGGCGGUUCCCCAGCGCCUCCAAGGCACAGGCGGCCGGAAGAAGGCGAGGCUCGACAAAAAACGAGAACGCCGAGAAGAAAUCUUCAACAGAGACCCGAACCUGCGCGAAGAAGCGGAGUCGCGGCAGGCGCGCGAGCGCCAGUGGUGCCACGGGAAGGGGCGGUGCGCGUCGUUUGACGACGCAGACCCCUUCGACAAUCCAGACAGUCUCGCCGCUCUCAGCAUUUUCGGAGACGCAGACGGGAACGGCGCUGGCGAGGAACGCGGAGGUGAGAGCGCGGGAGGAGGCAAGCCAUCAGAGGCUGAUGGAACCGACGACGGCAAAACGUUAAAUGCCUUGCUCGCCUGUUAG